CAUCAAAAUGCGACGCGCAGACAUGGCGUUUGUUUCUGUACGCUAAACCAUAGCUGCGUGAAAAUACACACAAUUCUGCUUUUUUAAAAUAAACUUACAUAUCAUUUAAACGGCGGAGGCUGUGUUGUGUUUUUUAAUGUGUCCACUAUGAGCGGGGGUUUGGCACCAAGCAAAAGCACUGUGUAUGUGUCCAACCUGCCAUUCUCUCUCACCAACAAUGACCUACAUAAGCUGUUCACCAAAUAUGGAAAAGUUGUAAAGGUUACAAUCGUAAAGGAUAAAGUCACUCGCCAGAGUAAAGGGGUGGCGUUUGUUCUCUUCCUGGACAGAGAGUCAGCUCAUAACUGUGCACGAGCAGUGAACAACAAACAGCUGUUUGGCAGAACAGUGAAAGCCAGUAUUGCCAUAGACAAUGGGCGAGCAACUGAGUUUAUAAGGAGACGGAACUACACAGACAAGACCAAAUGUUACGAAUGUGGGGAUUCAGGUCAUCUGAGCUACGCAUGCCCCAAAAAUGUCCUGGGAGAGAGGGAACCACCGAAGAAGAAAGAAAAGAAAAAGAAGAAAAGGGCUCAACAGCCUGAGCAUGUUGAAGAAGAAGAAGAAGAAAGUGAAGAGGAGGGAGAGGACCCAACCUUAGAUAGUCUGAGCCAAGCCAUAGCUUUUCAGCAAGCCCGUAUUGAGGAGGAGGAGACGCAGAGGAAGCAGGCACGUUUGUCUCAAGAGGACGAUGCUCACGCUUCAACGUCCUCAGACUCUAAGAAACCAAGGAUCAAAAAGAGCGCGUACUUCAGUGACGAGGAGGAGCUCAGUGACUAAUAACAAUAAUAUACAAUUUAGACAUACGUUUGUUGUUGUCAAAUAUUGCUUUAUUUUUGUAAGUUGUAUUAUAGUGGGGAUAUUGGAUAUUAAAUAUGCUUCAGUUUACACCGAUGAAGUUGGAUUUUUUUCCUCUUGUACAUAGAAUUAAGAUGUUUUCCUGUCUCUAGAAAUACCAUGUAAUCUUAUUUACUGUAAGAAAAGUAAACGUCUUUUUACCUGA